AUGGCUUUCUCUUGCGCCACAAGAAAGGUAUUUUCAAUUCUUCCUCUUCUCGUUUUCCUAACAAUAACCCCUUUGUCUUCAUCUUUUUCUCCGAAUGAUAAAGUCAGAAAAGAAUUACUUAACCAACUCUGCUCAAAACCAACAAUUGCCAACCAUUUCUGCAUCGCUUGGCUAAACUCUGAUCCAACAACAUACACACUCAACCUCAACAGUCUCAUCGAUCUGGUCCUCCAAAAGACGCAAUUGUUCGGCUAUAAGAACCUAGCGAUGAUGAAAGGCUUCGUGAGAACCACGACUGAUCCAACGCUCAAGAUCCCAUACGGUUCUUGUGUGGCAGAUUAUGAAUUAGCCAUUAAAUCGAUCGAGGAAGCUCAAGGGUUUUCGAGCUCUAUGUCGUACAAGUUAGCAUCUCAAGCAGCUUUUAAAGCCUUUAAUAGUGUAUCUUUGUGCGAAGCUCAGCUUCAAGGACGGAAAAAUGUGCCGGUUUAUGUUCCGCAAAGCAUUUUGACGAUUAAAAGAAUGUGUACCAUUGAUAACGUUUUCUCUAUCGUUUUGACGUCUUGA